CACCACCCCACCUAAUCCGGGUUUCAGAGGCUGCGGUUGUCGGGGCCGUCGCCACGCCACUUUUUUGGUGCCCAUCGGUCGCGCACAAGUGUGAGUCAUUUGCUUCGGUACCGAAGCGUGUGAAAUUGGUCCCGCCUUUAUAUUUUAUUCCUCUUUUACGUAUCGUCCACCUUGCUCCAGCCAUGUCCCUCCAAUACCUCCAUCUGGAUGUACUAAUCGAAAUCCUGAGCUAUAUCGAAGUCCGCGAUGUCCUUUCCAUGCAACGCACUUGCAAGGAUAUCGAGAGAGUUACUCAGCUUCAUGCUGUAUGGAAGAGUGUUCUAGAAAACCAAAUAAUUCCCUCUGGUCGAUCAGUUCCGCUACCUUCCAAUGCCCCUCUCUCUGCUCAUUCCGCACGCGAUCUUAAACAAGCAACAAUAUAUUCCAUGCGAUUAGGACGCAAUUGGACGUCCGCAGAGCCCAGGGCGUUCGCGCGUACCCAGUUCUACAUAGGAGCGCCGGCUACCUACGUUCAGAUUACAUUCUUCAUCCCAGGUCAUGGCGGAAAGUAUCUACUGGCCGUCAGUGGUGGCAAUCGCGUGUCGAUAUGGCAUCUGGGAUUGGAUCUUAAAAGAACCUGGAAGAUACUUGGCUGGAAUAUUCAAGGGGCAAUUGUCGAUGCGGUUCCCAACAGUGACAGCGGGGCUCGCGCAACGAUAGCUUUAUCGUACGUUGCAAACCAACAUAGAUACACCACUCUAUACAACCUGACCUUUUCUGGUGAUGGGAGUGGACACGCAACAGCUACCUGCGAGCAGAUAUUCGAGGGCGAGCUCCCUGGUCGACUGAAGAUCCUUCGCGGAAAUCUUGUUGGUUUGUACAAAAGGUCUCACCUCCAAGGAUAUCUAUUCAAUUAUGAGAGCCAAGUGAUGAUCGAACUUAAGGGCGCAGAGCCAACGACUCAACAUCACGGAACAUGUUUGGCGAUGGAAGUUCUAAGCGAUUGCGUUAUAAUGAUUCAACCUCAGAGCGUCAAUAUUUUUGCAUUGCCUGAGGUCGCGCGGGACACCGAACCUCCACCAGCGGAAACAAAAGUGUUCCAGGCACAACAUAUCUCUACCGCCUUCCGUCCCGGAAACUCAGAUUGGCACUCUGGCGUUAUUAUUCCCUACUGUGCUCCAUAUCCAGCACAACGUGCAACUCAUCCCUCCCACCCUAUCUCCCUCAUCCGCGAAAAGAGUGCAACAAUCCUGAGUCAUUUCUUGGUCUAUUGCCCACCGGAUCCUCAACCAUUUGUCGUUCGUGCUCGUCGCUCAAACAACGACCCGCGCCCUCGUGAUUUCACCGAACUGCCCCUCUGUAUAGCUCAAAUUCGUAAUGGUGUGCGCCAACAUUUUUUCCCCGAUGUUAUGGCUUCCCCGAUAAGCGGAAGAGGGAUAUGGUUAGAAGGUUCUCCCACUGAGGAGAGAUCGACCGAACAACUCGUCCUCUUCAAUGCAUCUGAAGAGGUUAUAGAUGAUGACUUGCGAUUAAGUGACAUUGGAAAACCUGACAAUAAAAAGCGUACUCAUAAAGGAGCCACGAUCGCAGCCAAAGAGAUGCCGCAUGCUGUCAAGGAUUGUACAUAUUGUUCUUUCGAUGACGGGACCGGAAGAGUAGUUGUCGCUACUCGUCAUGGACAAGUCCGCAUCCUGCAGUUCGGGAUCGCGUGAAACGACACUGUAACUAGUUUGUACAAUAGUUUUGUUAGGGCCAAGGACCCCAUUCUGAAUACUAAGCUGGCUUAUUCUGAG